AGCUCCAGACUCCCAUCAACAUGUCUGUGACAUACAUCCUUGCCUCUGCUUUGCUCUUCAGUUCUGUGCUGGGCCAGAUAUGCAGAACCAAGUGGGGCAUCCAAGAAACCAGUUAUCUUAUUGGAAAGCUGAAGGAUGACCCACCGUCACAAUGUAGCUGCAGUGGCAACGUGACCAGCUGCUUGUGUCUCUCCAUCCCAUCUGAUGACUGUACCACACCAUGCUUCCAGGAGGGACUGUCACAGGUGACCAAUGCCACACAGAAAACAAAAUUCUUUGUUUUUUUCAAUCGGGUGAAAAGGACAGUCGAAGCACUGAAGAGCAGCAAGUGUCCGUUCUUUUCCUGCGAAAAGCCGUGCAACCAGACCACAGCAGGCAACACACUGUCGUUUCUGAAGAGUCUCCUGGGGACAUUGCAGAAGAUGCAGAUGGAAGUGCAGAAAAGCCGAGCGUGAAGACAGAUACUAUUUAUUCUAUUUAUUGAAUUUACAAAACCUUUCCUUCUUACUUGUUACAAUGAAGAAAUAAACUAAGCUAUUCU